CGAGGUCCACAGAGAGAGGAGUGUUUCUCUGCUCGGAAAUCGAGAAGAAGCACUUGACUAACGUUAGCGUUAGUUUCAGGUAGCUUUGGUCUAUAUUUUAGGCCAGUACCCCCGUAUUUUAGUCAGGUACUUGAGUUUUGGCGAUUUAGUCAGUAUCUUGAGAACAUUUAGCUAACAUCGCUGUGGUGCUCAUCGCACGGUCGACAUUAGAGGUAAGCAAUGGCGCUGUCUUUGUCCUCCCCGUGUGGAUUCCGCUCUGAUGAGGAUGAGGACGUGGCUGUGUUUGAGUCUACAGCAGCAGAACAUGGAGGUCUCUGCAGACCACGUCUGCCUGAGAUCUCUGUCAUUUCCCCCGGCCUGGACACCCAGCCAUCCACUACAGAACCGAAACUAGCAGUGCAAUCUGCAGCUGUGAGACAAGGAAGCUGCGAUGGAGGGAAUGCAGAGAGGGUGAAGGUGUUUCUGCGCAUCCGGCCACUUACUGAGGCAGAGAGUAACAGGGGAGAAGACCAGGGUUGUGUGGCUGUCCAAGAUGAAGAAACUCUGCUGCUUAAAGCUCCAAAAGAGUCUCAGAACAUGAGGACAGCAGAGAGGGGCAUCACCCAGAGCAUGCACAAGUUCAGUUUCUCAAAGAUUUUGGGGCCAGAGACCACACAGCAACAGUUUUAUGAGUGCACAAUGAGGAAGAUGGUGAAAGAUGUGCUUCAAGGAGAAAACAGACUCCUCUACACUUAUGGUGUCACCAAUUCAGGAAAGACUUACACUAUUCAGGGCAGUGGUCGAGAGGCAGGCCUCCUGCCGCGGGCUUUAGUAUCCAUGUUCAGGAAACUGCAGGGUCGUCUCUAUGGUGCCAUGGACCUGAAGCCCAUCAUGUAUCAGGAUGUGAGGCACCUCAGCUUCAGUGAGGUCAGGGCCGAGGAAAUCCGCAGAAAUUCUCUGCUCAAAGAGGAUGAGAAUCAGAGUUCUCGUCGAGGCGGCACCACUACAAUCUGGGACAGCGGCAUUGGAGGACUCUCCUCUACAAGUCACAGUGCCACCCACCUUGAAGACUCCGACAGUGUUUGUCUGGAGCCUGACAGCCUUUCACACAGUGCAGAUGAUCUGGAGGAAGGGGUGCAGUUCUCCAUCUGGGUGUCCUUCUAUGAGAUCUACAAUGAGUUCCUGUACGACCUCCUGGAUGCUUCGCCCUCCUUGCAGCCCAGAAAAAGAGUCACGCUGCGGCUUAGUGACGACAAGCAAGGCAAUCCUUACGUGAAAGACCUCAGCUGGAUCCAGGUCCGCAGUGCCGAGGAAGCCUGGAGAAUUCUGAGGGCGGGACGUCGUAACCAGAGCUUUGCCAGCACUCACCUCAACCAAAACUCCAGCCGCAGCCACAGCAUUUUCUCCAUCCGUGUCCUGCACGUCCGCCCAGAGGCAGAUUCAGCCCAGGCCAUGCACAUCAGCGAACUGACUGUGUGUGAUCUGGCUGGGUCCGAACGCUGUAAAGAGCAGCGUAAUGGUGAGAGGAUGAAGGAGGCCAACAACAUCAACACCUCCCUGUUAACACUGGGACGCUGUAUCGCUGCUCUGAGGCACAACCAAAACAACAAAUUGCGACCCCCUCAAGUGGUGCCCUUCAGGGACAGUAAACUGACUCGGGUCCUCCAGGGCUUCUUCUGUGGCCGAGGAACCUCCAGCAUGGUGGUCAACAUCAACCCGUGUGCCUCCAUCUAUGACGAGACCCUUCAAGCCUUGAAAUUCUCAGCGAUUGCCACUCAACUGGUCCAUGGCCCAUCCACAAAGACCAGAGUGGCCUACAUCCUGUCCCUGCUGCGUGAGCCAGCAGCAAAUGGUAACGAAAGUUCGCUGUUGGAAGAGGGCGAGGAUGAGAGUGAUGUCGAAGACGGAGAUAUCACCAUGUUAAACACUGAGGCUUUGCUGCAGGCCAUUGAUGUCCUGAAGAGAGAGGUGCAGCGCCAGCGGGAGGAGAGAGAGGAUCUUGAGGCAAAUGUGAGAGAGCAGGUGGUCUCUGAGAUGAUGGAGGUCAUCAGUGGGAUGCAAGAAGGGUUCAGUGACACCUUGGAGGCAGAGAGGGCUUUAAUUGAAGAGAGAUAUGAAGACAAGAUAGCGAAUGUGCAAAAGCAUUUGAAGAAGUUCUACAGCCAGGAGCUGAAGGAGCGUGAUCAGGAAAUUGAAGCUUUGUCUGCUGCCCUUGAAAAAAACAGGGCAGCUGAACCGGUCUCCAUGUCUGCACCACAUGGAGACUCUGAGGGCCCUCGACGCUCUCAGCGCCUCACUUCUCAGACAGAAACUGGCAGACUGCAAUCUGAGCUCAAUCAGUGUCGUGUUGAGCUGCUCACCAAGAACCAAGAGCUGACACGGCUGAAAAUGCAGCUGGAAGUCCCAGGCACGACAGGCACCCUCACCGGUGCUGCUGACCGCAAGCUUGAGGAUGGUCAACGGAACCUGCGACAGCUGCGCCUGGAUUUGCAGAAGCUUGGGGCAGACCUGCAGUCUGGAGAACGGGCCUGCUGUCGCAACACUGGAGGAGAGAGACUGCGGCAGGCGCUAACAGCUGCAGAUGAGACACUGGCCAAACAGGACCAGAUUCUAUCGGACCUCCAGAAUGGCCUGGUGCUUGUAAAGGCUGACUUGAGGCGGAAAGCAGAGACCCUUGCACAGACACAGGCUGUCAGGCCCCAGCUGCCCCCCUCAGGUUCUGCUACCUUGACCACACUGGCUUCCUGCAAGAAGAGGGGUUGUGUGGCCCCCACACCAAGUGACACUGAGAACCGGCCUCCACAUAAACGGCCCUUUUUCCAGUCUCUUUUCCCGACACGUACCCCAACACGUAAAUACAAUACUCGUGCUGUUGAAGAAGCAAAUGUUACCCCUUACUCACGGAUCUUGCGUUCUCGCCAGCAGUCUCCACCUCCCAGUCCUGUCCCAACCCCACGCAGUCUGAGGGGGAAGUACUAAGCUCUUAGGAGCAUCAGUGUGAGUUUCCUCUUUUGUAUUAUGCAGAAAAAAACAUUUAAUUUGCUAUUAACUUUAUAUUAUAUAUACAUUCACAGUGCAGUUAAAUCACUGUUAUUCCAAAUACAGUUCUGAUAUUCAUGGCAGUAAAACAGUUAAACUUUGAAUGGGGUUGCUGUACACUACCAAGGAAAUUCAGAUCCUUCUGAAUGGCUGAUAAUUAUGUACUGUAAGAUGAGAAUACUGCAUGUGUUUUUGAAUCAGCUUCACUGCCUCUGCAACUCCUCUGUACACCAUUUGCUCCAACUUGUAUUUUUCUACAAUAAAUCCACAAAAACC